UCUCACGGCUCCCCCUCUCUCUCCCUCUUUCUCUCAUCCACUUACUUCCGCUCCGCUGUCUGCGCUCGCCUCUGCUUGCCUCGCUGGUGCACCCUGAGGUCCUCGAAGCUUGCUCACAUUGCUCGGGGCCGGUUGCGUUCAUAUUCGCUGUGUUCGCUUGUCGCGAUUGAAUGCGUGGGGAGUCUUAAGCACUCUUUCUAGGACUGGGAUCGAGCUGUGUAGUAGCAGUCUUCGAGCUGCGUCGGUGUUUCAAGUCCUUUUGCCCUCCUUCAGUUGUAGUGACAGUCCGCGUCUAGUCGUCUGUCAGUGCAGGACUUGCUGCAGCUAUGGAUCCCUACGGUCCUCCGCGCAAGAGACCCAGGGCCGAUUCUUCUCUGAAUGGCAAUGGGAACGGCCAUUCUGCUGCUGGCAGCAGCGAGAUGGAGUGUAGGAGAUUCAACACUCCCGAGGGGUGUCCUUACGGAGAUGCGUGUCGUUUCAGACAUGUUCCCGGUGCACCCACGGGUCCCAUUGCUCCUUCCGUAGCUUCGUUAUCUCUCCUCCCAGAAAAGGAGUCCAGCGGGGGCGGAAAUGCGAAUCGUACUAAACCGUGCACCAAAUUCUUUAGCACGUCUGGCUGUCCGUAUGGCGAGGGUUGCCACUUCCUCCAUUAUGUCCCCGGCGGGGUUCCUCUGGGUAUCAACACUUUAUCCAAUAUGAGUUCCAGCAGUGGUAUGAUGAGUGGCAGUGGCGGUGGAGCAGGAGGUAGUGGGGGUGGUGGUAGUGGAAGCGGAGGUGGGGGUGGUGUACGAAAAGUUCUUGGUGGUGUUGGACCUGCUGGAAUCCCUGCUCCCUUGUCUCCGUCAGACCAGGGAGCGAACCUUGGAGGAUUCAGAACUCGGCUUUGCAAUCGAUAUGAUACACCAGAAGGAUGUCGGUUUGGUGAGAAGUGUCACUUUGCUCAUGGCGAAAAUCAACUACGCAAGUCGACCAGCUCUAGCAAUCCACCCGAGCGUGAGUCCUUAGUCGAGUUUCCCCGGAGUCGUGGCCCAGCACCAUCAUCGUCUGGCAGUGGGUACAGACAGGGUUCAGGAGGCAGUGGUAGCGGCGGAGGCAUGUUUGUUUCUGAAGGAAGGUUUGGUGGGGGUGGGGGUGGGGGUGGGGGCGGCGGCGGCGGCGGAGGAGGAGGAGGAGGAGGAGGAGGUGGUGGUGGUGGUAGAGACGGUGGUAGGCCUUACGGUUUAAGGGAACCAACGCCUCCAGGGUUAGCUGCAGCAGCGUCUUUCGGGGCCUCAUCUACAGCAAAAAUUAGUAUAGAGGCUUCUCUAGCUGGAGCAAUCAUCGGCAAGGGAGGUGUUAAUGCGAAGCAGAUAUGCCGCUUGACAGGGGCUAAGCUCUCUAUCAGAGAACAUGAGUCAGAUCCGACUUUGAGGAACGUUGAGAUGGAAGGAUCUUUUGAGCAGAUUAAACAAGCCAGCACAAUGGUGCGUCAGGUUCUGAUGCAUCGAGAUAAUCUGCCUGUCAAGCCCGCAGGAUUCGGCUCCCACAACUACAAAACAAAGAUGUGCGAGAAUUAUGCCCAAGGUACUUGCACGUUCGGAGAGAGGUGCCACUUUGCUCACGGUGCCAACGAGUUGCGGGAGCAUUCAAUGCGGGCUUGACAGACUGCUGAAGAAUUGUGAUUGCAGGUAAUGGGCUUGCAGAUUUGUGGAUGUAAUUAUAACAUGGGUAACUAAGUAACAUCUGGCAACAUUUUUGGUCAAGCUGGCUGCAAGGAAUUCUUUGAUGUACAACAGAAUGGAGAACUGAGAGGUGUCGAAAAAGUUGGGUUUUGGAUGAAAGCAGUAUGGAACUCACGAAGUGCAACAAGGAAUUACCUUCAAGAACAAGAGAAGGAACCUCAAGAAUUGGAGGUUGUGAUCUUCCAUGAUGGAAUGAUCCAAACGAACCGUUAACACGGUUGUUGAAAGCUGGAAUGAUCUCCCCUUCAAAUUGUUAACUUUGCCUGUGAGGGCACAGGUGCGGGUCGAUAGAUUUUUGUUCAGCAUAUCUGCUGCUAAGUAGAUCUGCAAGCAAUUCACCAUUGUAAUCGGAAUUCAUUAAUUUGGGAAGGGUAUAGAGCUGAUGAGAAUAUGGUUCGUUAUUGUACGGGAUUAAAAAAUUUCGCAAACACAGCUAGUGUAACACUUGUGAGUAAAUGGGUCUGUUGGCUUUGAACUCAGAAAGGUCUUCACGUAAACAGGAGUCAACUAGAUCAUUUUCUUUUGAGAUUUUGGUUACAUCUACCCACGAUACUGAGUAUUGUAACAAGCAAUCAGUUCUCUAUCUGAAUCAAUGCCUGAGUAGUCAUGUACAGGAAAGCAGGAGCUAGUGCCGUUCUUGGUGUUAGCUGGUUCUAUGCUGUCAUGUGAAGUUUCUGGAAAGAACGGUGUGGGUGAGCUGUCACAUAUCCUUCGACAAUUCAGAUGAAUCACCUAAUUUGUCUCAACACUUCCAGCUUCAGUAAUGAAAUGUUGUAAUGAGAAAUGAGGUUACUGGAGUCCUGAAUCUGGUUUCUUAGUCAAUAUUUACCUUAUCUCGUUUAUUUACUGGUCCGGUCUAACGUGCCUUUGUAAACAAGUGAGACCUUAAUCUGUCACGCAAACGAUUCCAUAUUUCUCCAGUAAGGUACAUCAAUUGCAGCCGCUUCGAAUUGAUGGGAACUUUUGAAGCUUUUGGGAUAGAAUGGUGUUCAGUGUCGUCUUGAAGUUGUUCUUUCUUUGCCUCGUCUGCGCAUGUAGAAGCGUCUUAUUGAGUGAACAGGUCUGAGUUCCACCAGAUAAGUGGGUCAAUUGACAGUUGGUAACUCUGCCAAUAUGUAUAAGCAUGUAAUUACGGAGUGUCAGUGCUGGGCUCAGUGGUCUGAACAAUGUAGUUCUGGGCGUCCUCGUACUCGUUGGGGUUCUUCUCCUAGUGACCAUCGCCGUCCUUGACGAAUUGUUAAUGAGCGUUCAGUGCUCUGAACAAAGUGGUUUGGCAUACUCAAUACUUGUCGGGGUCCUUCCCCUCGUGACCGUGGUAGUCCUAGACGGAGCGUGAGCGAGGGGUCUGUGUCCUGAACACCGUUGGUUCUAGGUCUCCUCGUACUCCUCAGGUCUUUUCCCCUGGCCGUGGUGGUCCUAGACGGAUUGUUAGUGAGGGUUGAGUGAACUAAACACCUUUUUCUGGGGGUCCUCUUACUCGUCGGCUGCUUCCUUGUGGUCGUCGUUGUCUUAGAUAGAAGUGUUAAUGAGGGGUCGGUGCUCUGAACACCGUUUGUCCUGGGCGUCCUCGUAUUCGUCGGGUCGUUACCCUCGUGGUACUGAAGGGGAUGUUAGUGAGAGUUCAGUACUUUGAACACCUUCGUUCUUGGCGUCUUCGUACUGGUUGGGGUCCCUCCCUCGUUGCGGCCGUGGUCCUAGACAAAGUGUUAGUUAGGUGUCAGUGUUCUGAACACCGACCUUCUGGGCGUCGUACUUGUAGGGUCUCCUCGUGGACGCCGUGGUCCGCCGUAGACGUAGUGUUAGCGAAGGUUCAGUGUUUUGAACACCGUCGUUUUGGCCAUCACGUACCCGUCGGGGCACUUCCGCUCUUGGCCGUCCUGGUCCUAGACGGAGUGUUAGUAAAGGGUCAGUGUUCUGAACACCGUUUUUUGGGUGUCCUCGUACUCGUGGGACCCUUCCCCUUGUCUCCGCAGUGGUCCUAGAUGGAGUGCCAGUGAGAGUUCAGUGCUCUGAACGCCUUCGAUCUGGGUGUCUUCCUAGCCGCCGGGAACUUUUUCGUUGUAGCUGUCGUCGUACAAUCGUGGUACUAAAAUGAACAUCGCUCGUUGAGAUAAACAGGCCUAUGUCUUAGGGGUGUUGGACAUGGAGCUAACAGUGUGAACCUGUAUUUAUCCUCUUGCUUCAGUGUUGAUAGCUUUUCAGUUUGUCAUCGGUCGACCUCGGAAUGUGUUUCUGUCACAAGGUUGGAUGUCGAAGUAUGGGUUGCAGAGUGUUACCAUGACAAGAGGCAGUCCUGGACAAGACUGAGCCCCGUAAAUUCUACAACUCUGUUUCUGCUCCCAUGCUUUCCAACUUCUUACAAACAUCGUACAACAGCUUUGUUUCCAAGUUACAGAUGGUUCUAUGCUAUGUCCUAGUCAGAAGUGAUUAAAAAUUUGUUUGUUUUGUUCGUUGUUUACUAACUGAUCUUUCUAUUCGAUAGAGGGAUGUCAGCUCCCGAUCAUAGCUAUUGUGGGUUCAUCGUUUGUCAGGAUUUUUACUUGGUGAGGUGGGCUUCAAUGUGUAAAUGAUGCUGGCAUACCAGCUUUCUUUCUCCCAGUUUAGACAUUUGGGGCAUUUUGCCUGAGUGGAUACUUUCUAGGAGAGACAGAAAUACCCAUAGGAUGAGUGGAUGUUUCUCAAUUCGCAAUUGUGUAUAUCUAUAAACGAGAGGAAAGAAUCAUAAACCCUAAUGGCUUUCAUACAGCCAGACCAGAAAAGAUGUUGAAUACUUUUUUUUAAGCGAAAUCUGAAUUAUAUAAUAAAGGCUC